UAUUCACAAUAUGAGGAAAAAAUGAUACAAUCAAAGAUGGAGUCAACUACAGAAUUCACUGAGGAAGAUGAGGUUGAGUUGGAACUAAGACUCUCUCGUUUUGAGAACCUAAUGGACUCAAGGCCAGUACUCCUCAGUAGCGUCCUCCUCCGUCAGAAUCCUCACAACGUCCACGAGUCGCACAAGAGGGUGGCACUGUUUGAAGAAAGACCCUCUAACAUUAUUAAAACAUUCACUGAGGCAGUUCAGACUGUCAAUAUAGAGCAGGCAGUGGGGAAACCACACACACUCUGGACUGCCUUUGCUAUGUUCUAUGAAACUAAUAAUCAGCUACCAUGCAGAG